AUGGCCGUCACCACCAUCAACAUCACUCCCACAAAGACGACAACACCCUCCCCGCUCUCCUCCGGCAUGAACAAACGCUGGCCCCCGCUCGCCGACAAAUCCUCCCUCCCCUACAAGCUCACCACCCUCUCCAAACAAAAACUCGCCCGUGAGGCCACCGCCCCAGACCCGGACAUUCGCCGCUGUCUGGGCCACUUCCGUCUGCACUGCAUGUCCAUGGAAUGGGCCCAGCGCGACAUGACCACCCGCAUCAACUCCAUCGAGCUGGAGAGCGAGUCCGAGUCCGAGUCCGAGGAGUCGGAGUCGGACGAUGCGGUCUCGACGACGGUGACUGUGCCGACGCCGGCGGCCCAGGUCGAUGAGCCCGGCGACAGCACCGACCGGGAGGAGGAUGGAUCCAGCGACGACAGCGACAGCGCCGCGGGCGAGGAGGCCGACCACCAGCCCCAACAGACCGAGGCCGAGCCCAAGGACCCCGGGCAUGUGCGUUUUGCGGUCUCGUUUGAGAAGACCUCGCCCCCGUCGCUGUCAUCCGACGACAAAGAGAAAGAGGGCUUGCUGGAAAAGGGCCGCAAUUGUCUCGAGAAGACGGUGCAGCGCUCGUCGAACUUUUGGCCGUCGCCCGGUCCGUGCAUGUCUGUUCGGAUUUGA